UGACGGAACUUCAGUGCUUUAACUCGUGUGGAAAGUAACAGUUAUGGUAGGUAGAACGUUCGUGUUGAUUUUAAAAGAAAACAUCGUUACACCUGAAAAAUGAACGCCGUCUUUGCUGAGCUCCUUCAGGAGCAGAAGCUGUGCGACAGUGUGAUCAGAGCCGGUGAGGUGGAGUUUAAAGUUCACAGGAUCAUCCUCUGUAGCUGCAGCUCCUACUUCAGAGAUCUCUUCUGCAAUGAACUGUCAACCUCAGAGCAGAAGGUCUACAGCUUCCCUGAUGUGUCGCCUAGUGUAAUGAGCCUAAUUUUGGACUACGCCUACACCCACUCUGUUGGGGUGACGAAGGAGAAUGUGCUGGAGCUGUUAGCAGAAGCAGAUCGCUUAGCUGUCAAGGAUGUUGCUCAGGCCUGCUGCGACUUCCUGGAGCAGAAGCUUUGCUUCGAGAACUGCAUCAACGUGUGGAAGUUUGCGGAACGCAGAAACUAUCCAGACCUGAGGGAAAAGGCCUACCUCUACAUCCUCCAUCACUUUGUUGAGGUUGCAGGACUCACUUCAGAGUUGCUGCAGCUCCCUGUGGGUCAGCUGGCAGAGCUCAUAGAGAAGGACGAGCUCAACGUAAUGCAGGAGAGCAUCGUGUUUGAGGCUAUCCUCAGCUGGAUAGACUAUGCAUCUGAGGAACGUAGAGGCCACAUGGCAACACUGCUCCGGAAGGUUCGUCUGCUCUUGAUGCCCAUUGAGUACCUGGUUAAUAAUGUGAGCAGAAAUGAUUUGGUCAAGAAGAGUCGACCUUGCUUGGCCAUGGUAAGGAACGCCAUAAAGACCCUGCGUGUGUCCAAGAUGGAGAGACCUCUGACCCGUCCACGACUGCCCAGUGAUGUGUUAUUGGCUAUUGGCGGUUGGGAAAUCAAUUUUCCAACAAACAAGGUUGAACUGUACAAUGUUCGAGCUGACCGCUGGGUGACACUGACCAACAGGCAGAAUGAUUUUCGGGUGUUCCAUGGUUGUGUUUACCUCAGUGGAUUUGUUUAUUGUGUCGGAGGCUUCGACUCUGUAAACUACUUAAGCAGCGUACAGAAGUUCAACCUUGCAACCCAAACCUGGCAGGAGGUUGGGUCAAUGCACGAAGCUCGAUGCUGUGUCAGCGUAGUGUCGCUGAAAGGCUGCAUAUAUGCCAUGGGAGGCUGCGACAGACAUGUGAAAUUCAACAGUGCAGAACGAUAUGAGCCCAGCACCAACCAGUGGACUUUAAUCGCUCCAAUGCACGAGCAAAGGAGUGAUGCCGGUGCUGCAACUCUACACGGCAAGGUGUACAUUUGUGGUGGUCUCAAUGUAGAAGAACCUCUGGCAUCUGCUGAAUGCUACAACCCAGACACCAACCAGUGGACCCUGAUCACGCCCAUGGAAACCAGGCGUAGUGGGAUGGGGGUUGUCGCCUACAAUGGCCAAAUCUACGUAGUUGGUGGCCAUAAUGGUGUCAGCCAAGUGUGCAGCGCCACCGCCUACGACCCAGUAGCAAAACACUGGCGCAUGGUACCUCCCAUGUUCUACUGUCGGAGCAGCUUCGGCAUUGCGGUGCUGGAGGACCAGAUCUACGUCGCUGGAGGCUUCAACAGAAAUUUAAUCUGUAGCGUGGAGCGCUACGAUGCAAAGGCCAACAGGUGGCACAUCGUCCGGGACAUGCUGAUGCCCCGCAGUGCCAUGGGCUGUUGUGUGGUGAAGCGAACACCUUUCACUGCCACUUGUCUAUGAAUUAGAGCUAUGAAAACAACUUAAUAACGACUGCCUAAUGAAGAAAUACAUUUCCUAAUUCAUGAAGUACCAGUGAUUUUUUUUAGCUAAUGUGUUUGGGUGGCUCAAGGCCUUGACC